UAAAAAGGAGGAACCUGGCUUCAGAGAGCCAGAAAAGAGCUGGGUAGCUGACAGAGGAAGCCCAAGGAUGGCAGCAACCAGGGCCCUGCCUGCUGGUUUUGGAGAACUCGAGGUACUGGCUGUAGGAACAGUCCUGCUGAUGGAAGCGCUCUCUGGCAUCAGCCUCAAUGGCCUGACCAUCUUCUCUUUCUGCAAGACUCCAGAUCUGCGGACUCCCAUCAACCUGCUGGUACUGAGCCUGGCCCUGGCAGACACUGGGAUCAGCCUGAAUGCCCUUGUUGCAGCUGUGUCAAGCCUCCUCCGGCGCUGGCCACAUGGUUCAGAGGGCUGCCAGGUUCAUGGUUUCCAGGGAUUUGCAACAGCACUGGCCAGCAUCUGUGGCAGUGCAGCCAUUGCCUGGGGACGCUAUCACCACUACUGCACCCGCAGACAGUUGGCAUGGGACACGGCCAUCCCUCUGGUGCUGUUUGUGUGGCUAUCGUCUGCCUUCUGGGCAUCCCUUCCCCUGAUGGGCUGGGGCCACUAUGACUAUGAGCCUGUGGGAACAUGCUGUACACUGGACUAUUCGAAGGGUGACAGAAACUUCAUCAGUUUUCUCUUCGCCAUGUCCUUUUUCAACUUCCUUGUACCCCUGUUCAUCACACACACUUCAUACCGGUUCAUGGAGCAGAAAUUCUCCAGGAGUGGUCACCUCCAGGUGAAUACUACUCUUCCAAGCAGGAUGCUACUGCUGGGCUGGGGCCCCUAUGCCCUCCUGUACUUUUAUGCAGCCAUCGCAGAUGUGAGCUUCAUCUCUCCCAAACUACAGAUGGUGCCUGCCCUCAUUGCCAAAACCAUGCCCACAGUCAACGCCAUCAACUAUGCAUUGCACAGCGAGAUGGUCUGUAGAGGAACCUGGCAAUGCCUGUCUCCACAAAAGAGCAAGAAGGACCGAACCCAGUGAAACUCUUCAAGGGGCUGAUCACUGUCAAGCCUACCUCUUCAAGCCUGGGCUAAGUAUACCCCAGGACAGGAAGAUGCUGCUGCACACUUCCCAACAGUCCCAGAAGCCCUGGCAGACACUUACCUACCAACCCUAAGAUCCCUGUUGAGUCUAACCUUAGGCUGGACCCAAGAAUUCAGAUACUAGGUUCAAUGAAAGGAGUGCUCGUCACAGCCCUCUACACACAGUCUAAGGGGCCAUGGGAAAGUAAUUCUCUCCAACCCCAUCUAUCUAAACCCUAGAUGACAUGUGGACUAACAACGGUAUGGUUGAACAAGCUAACAUGUACUCAGUAAGCACAGAAAAUGCUCACUGAAACAUAUGAGCCUUGACCAUGUUCCACAUGAACCCAGCCUACAAUAAAAGGACAAAGCCCUGUUACAAAAUCCUGUAAAAGGAUUUGUUUUUGGAAGGCAUCUAAGGCUAUAGUCUUUCAAACAGCAUGUACUAAAUUGUAAUGGCACCAGUGACUUAUUCUGCCCCUUGCUCUGUGUCCCUUAUUGUAAGACACAGUGACAGAAAUCAUGAUUUGACCAUACAGUUGGACCAGGACAUGCAGCUUAAGUGCUUCCUGAGGCAUCCACAAGCACCAGCAUUCAAAGUGAGUCCUUGGUUAUAUGAGAGUUGAAUUAAAGAUUGCUUUUAAAUGUUUUAAAAUUCAUUGCCAGUAUUUAAAAAUUAAAGCAAUUAUUAUUAACGCUCCAUAUGUCAGAAGAUGUGGAGCCACAACUCGGUUUCCUUUUCACAGUGACAGUCUCCAGAGCUCAGUGCGACUGUGCCCUUUGCCCAGGUUCAUAUAUGGUCCUAUUUAGCUCACGUGUUCCCCUCAGAGCCCAUGUGCCUCUAGGUUGGAGACACUAAUGGGAGCCCCCAGUUACCUUUAGAUGUACAUCUUCGUCUUCUGUAGAGUGAACAAUAUAGCAUCAAGAUAUAACGGGUGCCUAGUCCUGGGUGAGACUUGCUGUCCUAGAAAAAUAGAGAUGAAUAUUGUAGAGUAAAUGAGACUAAUGGAGACCAUAUUGAAAGUCUAAUGGUGGAAGGGGCAGAUGUCCCAGGCACUGUGAGAGACAGAAGGCACAUCCUAUGAAGCCAAGAGCCUGAACAGGCAAGUUCCUGGGGGUGAGGGGAGGGUGGUGAUGAGAACAACUUGUAGAGUUGGGUUUGCCUCCUGAUUUUCCAGAUGCAGAAAAUCAGGUUAUAUAUACAUAAAAACCCAGAUGAAGCUUG